UUCAUCAUAAAAACCACACAACCAAUCUCUGCACAAGACCCGCCCCACUCUCUCUUCUCUCGCCGAAUUUCGCUUCAACUAAUCUUCUCUCCAAUACCAACAAUGGGAGUUUUCACCUUCGUUUGCCGGAGCUCCGGUGCCGAGUGGACCGCCAAGCAGUACUCCGGCGACCUCGAAGGCUCCGCUGCCUCCACCUAUGAGCUCCAGAGGAAGCUCGUCCAGACUGCUCUCGCCGUCGACUCCUCCGGUGGUGUUCAGUCCUCUUUCUCUUACAUCUCCCCCACUUCCGCCGUUUUCCAGGUGAUCAUUGGUGGCGGUGGCGGUGGUGGUUUCAUCAGCGGUGGUGGAGCAGCCGCAGCUGCUCCUUCUGGAGGAGCUGCCCCAGCUGCAGAAGCCCCAGCUGAAAAGAAGGAAGAGGAGAAGGAAGAGAGUGACGAUGACCUUGGCCUUUCACUUUUUGAUUAGUUGGUAUAAUUACUUGUUAUCGUUCUGUCCAUUGACAUCAUAAUUUUUUAGGAAAUUAUGCAUAUGCAAGUACUUGAAUUUGCCAGUUCAGUUUCUGUGCUUGUGAAGGACAUGAAAUUUUGUUACUGAUCUUUGUUAAAUGGUUGAGAAUUAGAUGUGUUCUUUUGGGAAUUGUGUUUUGAGGAAUUUCUUCUGAUUAACUCAUUGUCUUCAUCUAUAAGUUGUUGGAGAGCUUUUGCCUGAA